CAGUGAGGCUAUUCGGCACUUCGUUUGAUAUGUGAACCUGCAUCGGAUUGUUUAAGUGCCAAAAUUAGCCUUAUGUCUUUCAAAAGGGGCUACAGGCUCUCAAGGAAGGUGCACUUUUACAUCUGCUCUAACAGUAAUUAGCCUCUUAAGGAAGGUGCACUUUUACAUCUGCUCUAACAGUAAUUUGCUCGAGUUGGUGCACUCUAUCACUGAGCCUAGUAGCCUGUCGUGGCGUAUUUGAAAAUUGAAGCUGGGUUUGAAAUGUAUUUCACUUAUGUCGACAUCAGUAGUUUGUAGCUGUAGGUGAAAUGUCAAACUACAUAGCUGUAUUCCCUAUUUGCUGACUUUUUCUUCAAUAUCUAUCUAUGCCAUAAUCAUAUCCAUUCCCAAAUCAUUGACUGAUUUAAAUAAACAAUGUAGUUGACUUGAGAACAAUCCUUCUAUAAAACAAAACAUGAAUAAUCUUCACAAUUCCAUACUACCACAUCACAUCUUAAUCUUGUAUCAUGGCUUUCACUAGCUAUCAUUCCAUCCUUUUUUGUUCACUUCUUCUCUCCAUUUCUUCUUAUUGCAUAGGCCAAACUUCUCCCCUGACCAAAGCAUUCAUCCUUCCUGUGAAAAAAGACUCAUCUACUCUCGAAUACAUCACACAAAUUGGUCAAAGAACUCCUCUUGUGCCAAUCAAGUUAACAAUUCAUCUUGGUGGACAAACUUUAUGGGUAGACUGUGAAAAUGGUUGUGUGAGUUCCACUUAUCAACCGGCUCUUUGUGGCUCAGCUCAAUGUACUAUAGCCAAAGUCAACACUUGUGGAAACUGCAGCACCAGUGCUCCCAAGAUUGGCUGCAACAAUAAUGCAUGUUACAAUACCCCUGAGAAUCCAUUCAUCAAGACUUUAUAUGAUGGUGGUGAAAUUAAUGAAGAUGUUUUAUCGAUACAAUCUAUGGAUGGAUCAAAUCCUGGUAAGUUUGUUAAGAUUCCAAGCUUCAUCUUCACUUGUGUUCCUACAUUCUUGACUGAAGGUUUAGCUAGUGGGGUGAAAGGUACUGUUGGAUUGGGAAGGCAUCAGAUCGCGCUUCCUUCCCAAUUAGCUCAAAUCUUCAGCUUUACAAGAAAAUUUAGUGUUUGUUUGAGUUCAUCCACACAAUCUUCUGGUGUCUUAUUUUUUGGUGAUGGCAUGGUGCUUCCAAAAGUUGAUGUCUCUAAAGAUCUCAUCUUUACGCCAUUGAUAACCAACCCUUUUGGCACUGGAUCAGUUCCUUUCCUGAAUGAACCUUCCUCAGAGUACUACAUUGGAGUGAAAUCUAUUAGAGUGAACGGCAAAACGGUGACAAUUAAUAAAAAAUUGCUUGGGAUUGACAAGAGAGGAGAUGGUGGAACCAAAAUAAGCACAGGAACUCCUUAUUCAAUCUUGGAAACUUCCAUAUAUGAUGCUGUGACUAAGGCUUUCAUCGACGAGUUAUCUAAUGCGACCAGAGUGGCUGCUGUGGCACCUUUCGCGACAUGUUUCAGCUCAAAGAGCGUUGGUAGCACGAGGGUUGGACCAGCUGUUCCUACCAUUGAUCUUGUGUUGCAGACCACACGAGUAUAUUGGAGAAUUUUUGGCGCGAAUUCAAUGGUGAAAGUUAACCAAGAUGUGAUCUGCUUAGGAUUUGUAAAUGGAGGGAUUAAACCUACUACUUCAAUAGUUAUAGGAGGAUAUCAACUUGAGGACAAUCUUCUACAUUUUGAUCUUGCUAGAUCAACACUUGGUUUUAGCUCAUCCCUUUUGUUCCAUCAAACUACAUGUGCCAAUUUCAACUUCACAUCUAAGGCUUAAAAAAGCUGUCUUUUAGCAGUACCCUUUCUUCCUUGCAGAAUAAUAUAUUAAAUGAGAAAAGAAACAUGUACAGUUGAAAAAAUAUGAUCAAUAAGAACUAUGCAAGCUUUUUUCAGA